AUGUACAAUUCAUCAUCAUCAGAUGAUGAUGUGAUUGAAUUGAAUGUUAGCGGUGAAAGAAUAUCAACUUUACGAUCAACUCUUACUGCUAUACCUAAUUCAAAAUUAGCACUGAUGUUCACAAAAGAUAAUCGAAACGUAUGGCAAUUAAAAGAUAAAGAGGAUGUAGUUUUUUUUGAUUAUAAUCCUGUUCAAUUUAAAUAUUUGCUUGAUCAAUUGAGAAUGAUCAAACGUACACCAGAUAUAUCUCCUGAUGAAAUUACAUUUCAAGCACCGCAAGGAGAUAUACAAACAAAUUUUUCUUACAUGAUCGCAGAUCUUGGACUAAAUGCCGAACGAUUCUUGUCGCCUCUCGCAGGUGUUCAUCUGAACUUGAAUAUAAGCUCCUUAAUCGGAUGGCAAGAAUGUUAUCGAGACACAUAUGAUAAACCGUUUGAUCUAUUAUUGUUUUUACUAGCUUGCAAAAGUAGAAAACUUCUUGUCGCAUGUCGUCCUGCUAAUAACAAUAAGAUGUUAACUCUAGCCGGUAUUGGCAAAUGGAAAGAUCUUUUUCGUCCAUGUUCAUCAAAUACUUAUUGUCAGAUUGAAAUAAAGAAUGAUAUAGGUUUCUACUACGUACAAGAUCAAGCUUGGGGAUUUGAAGGACAUUCGCAGGUAAGAAAUUAA